AUGAGCACAGGUGUUCUGAGCGGCUCGUACACACCUACAAUCACCGGCAGUGACCCGACUCGCCAGGUGCAGAUGACAUCCAGCUCGAUCACCUCGAGCAUGACCGGCAUCUCACAGCAGCUGCGUGUGCAGGAUUAUGCGUCAUUCACGCUCACCUUCCAGAUCUCCACAGACAACGCAAGUGCCGACAGCUCCAAUAUCUUCUUUGGCAACACGUCGGCGAUCAUGAAUCCAUCGAGUUCGUUCGCGGCGCCGGCCUGUGGGUUCAACUUUGAGAUCUGGUCCGGCAGCACCCAGGGACAGGGUAUCCACUUUUACGACACCACUGCAACACGGCGAGUCACCAACAGCACCACGGCAUCCAAGGUCUGGGUCAACACCAGCGCCACCGUCGGCAGCGGGACCUGGUACUCAGUCCAGAUCGUCUACAACCGCAGCCCCAACAACACAUGGGCCAUCUCGAUUGGCACAAGCGGUGCCCCGACCACACCAUCGCUCCUGUACACCUACUCCGAUCCAAACCACACCGCAUUCCUGUCAGCUUCUGGAAGCUACUGGGGUGUCGCAUCGAUGGGAUACGGUGCCUCGACAAACCAAUACUUCCGCAACAUCAAGCUGGUCACCUAUGGCUCACCCGUGCAGACGCUCUUCAAUUUCUUCAACUGGUACAGCUUGUUGACCAUCGCGGGCGUUGCGACACAGCCAGCCGGCAGCCAGUACGAUCCGUACAUACAAGCCGAAAUGAUUCCGGGUACAGCUACCAACCAGACCGGGUACUAUUACUCGUCCGCUGUCCCGGUCGGCAAGUACUCGUACAUGUCAUUCGAGUGUGGUGCUUGGUAUGUGGGGUCGACCCCUGCCAACGGCUGGUUCUUCAUCUUUGGUUCCAGUUCCUCGGGCGCCACACUCACCAGCGGUAGUGUCGCAGUGUAUUUCAACUACAACAGCAGCUUCUCGAGCGGGUCGUACUCGGGUGCUGGGGUGUAUAUCAUCAAGAGCGGCACGGCCGUGGCCUACAGCUCCACCGGACUGAGCGGCAUAUCCGCGAGCACCUGGACCAGUCUCCAGAUCAUCUACAACUACCAGGCCACCAACACAUGGGUCGUCUAUGUCUCUGGCAGCGCCGUCCUGACUUGGAGCGACUCGAGCUAUGCCACGACGGCGACGGGUAUGGGGACGUAUUUCAACGCUGUGGCGCAGUGCGGCUCGACGCAGACCAUGCAGGUGUGGUUUGACAGACUCUCGCUCAUCUUCACGCCCCGCACCUUCUCGUUCAGCCAGCUGCGAACAGCAGCACCCGGAGUGAGCCCGAGUGGUGCAGUCAAGCUCUCUCAGUUCUACGGUGGCCAGGCGGCUGCCCUCUGUGGACUCAACAACACGGGAUCAUUCUCGACCAGUGUCACAUGGGGUAGCAGCCCUGGUGACGAAGGGUUCUAUGCCCGCGAUCUUGGUGCCUGGAACAUGAGUCCGUGGUUGCUCACGUCGAGCCAGAUGCCCGACUCGUCAGCGCGCUGGCUCUGGAACACGACGAGUGCAGCGACCAGUGCGUCGAACUAUGUGAUUAUCAACUUUAUCGUGAGCUACAGCAACACCAGCACGUCGAAUGUGAGUGCCACACUCUAUGCGAUCGUCGACGAUGCCAGUCUCAUUUACCAGAACAAGAUCCUCGUCGGAUCCACCAAGUGGUAUUACGGCGCGCAGUACACCAAGAUUGCGGUCACGCUCGUGCCGGGACUCAAUGUGUUUGAGUUUCUCUGCUGGAACAGCACAGGGUCGACGGCGGGUCUGAUCUUCUCGUGCAUUAACACAUCGAGCACCGUGCUCUUCCGCAGCGACAACUACAGCCCAGACACGGUGCUGACCAACUCGACCCGCACCAUCUACAGCGUCGUCGCGAGUCCGUCCUCGUUCACGAGCAACAUCCCGCAGCAACCGGCUCCGGUCUCGGAGAUGUGCAUUCUGGACCAGGUUUCAUCGACGGCCAAGAGCAACUGCUCGGGUGCAUAUGCACUCUUCCUGCUCACGACCACCUACACCGGCCCCGUGAUCAACAUCAUGCGGAGCAGCGACAGUACCAGUAGCGACGUCUACGCAGACAUGGGCGGCAACCUCUUUAUCGACAGCGCUCACCAGAGUCCGUACAGCACCUGGAUCAGCACGGCGACGGCCUAUGUGACCAAGUGGUAUGACCAGUCCGGCAACGGAAACCACUGCACGCAGACCACCACGGGUGCACAGCCGGUCAUGUAUCUGACCAACUCCACGGCAUACGGCUUCUAUAGUGUCAACUCGUCUUGCUGUGUCUGUAGCGGCAGUCGUGGAUGGGGCACGCUCUCGUACCUGAACAUGCCCUCGGGUGUGAUUCCAACGGGCACAUCGAAUGCGGCCUAUUCCUUUGUGAUCAAGCACGGUGUGGUCAACAAGUAUUCUGGCUCGACAGCCAACCAGUCAUUCUGGUCGUAUGGGAGUCUCUUUGGUGCCGGUGUGGAUGGCACCAACACUGUGCUAGAGUGCGGCACGAACGGACCCAGUAGCAACUACUACAGCUACAUGGGCAGCUCCAGCACCAACAACACAACUGCAUCAGUGAGCCAGGUGGCAUGCUACCCGAACGACACCAAGAUCGUGGGCACCUAUGACGGCACCACCCAGACCAUAUGGAUCAACGGAAAUUCGGGAUCCUCCAAGGCCGUGAGUGGACUGAACGUAACGUCGGGGCAGCAGUACCUGUUCAGAGGCCCGCGGGCAAACUCGGCACUCAAUGGCGAAAUAGGCUAUGCGCUGUUCUUCAAGACUGCUCUCUCGACCACCGACCGACUCCUGCUGGCUCCCACCAACACUGUGAGUGGGCUCGAUGCCACGGGCACAGUCUCCGGAGCCGUGUGGGCAGCGAUCAGCGGCUCUGUGAUUCUCUUGGUGGAUACGAGUGGUAAGAUCUGGUAUGGCAGCACCAGCAGUGGCUCGACGGCAUGGAAUCCGUGCCCGAGUGCGCCGUAUGCCAACCGGGUCGGUUUUGUGAGGAACUCGAGCACAUACCCAUACAGUGCAUGGGCGACCGAGUCGGGUGGCAAUGUCUACUAUUGCGCCAAUGUGACGACGGCCUGCUCGUGGAUCCGCAUCACUGUAUCGAAUGACUAUAACGACCAGUGGGUUUUCGCCCACGCAGGUCACGAUGACAUAUUCCAGCAGCACGGCAAUGUGGGCGACUCUGGACACGAGUGGCGGGUGCUGUGA